AUGCGCCGUGACUUGGAAAAAGAAAGAGAACACAAACGCCGAGAAAACGAAGAAGCCGCAGAAGCAUUCCGACGUGGGCAGGAAGAACUUAAAGAGAAGAACCGCCGGGAGGCGGAAGAAAGACGACGGGCUCAGCAAAAAGCCGACGAAGAAGCCAGAGACAGAGCCCGCCGGGAAGCGGACAGGAAGCAGCGAGCUGAGGAAGAAGCCAGGGAAAGAAGUCGCAGGGAAGUCGAAGAAAAACGCCGAGCGGAUCAGAGAGCCGAAGAAGAAGCUACGGAGAAACGCCGCCGGGAAGAAGAACAACGACGUCGGGCGAAACAAAAAGCCGACGAAGAAGCCAGGGACAAAGCCCGCCGGGAAGCGGACAGAAAGCAGCGAGACGAAGAAGAGGCCAUGGAGAAGCGCCGCCGGGAAGUGGAGCAAAGGCGACGGGACAAGGAGGAAGCUAUGGAGAGAGACCUCAGGGAGGCGGAAGAAAGGCGGCGGCAGGCCAAGAAAGAAGCCGAUGAAGAAGCCAUUGCGAGAAGACGACGGGACCACGAGAGAAAGAUGGCUGAAGAUGAGCAGGAGUUGCUAAGAAAGAUGGCAGAGGAUGAGGAAGCUCUUGAGCGACGCAAGAGGGCAUAUGAGAAGAGAAUAGCAGAAGAGGAAGAAAUCGAGAGACAGCGCAAGGCGGAGCUCGACCGACUAGCCAAAGAACAACGCGAUCUGGAUUUGAUGAUCCAAAAGUCCAGAGAAGAAGCAGAUAGGAAGAAGAGAGAGGAGGAGGAAGAGGCGCAGCGAGCUCUGAGGGAACAGGAGAGAUGGGAGCAGGAGAGGAAGUACCGAGAGGAACUACUCCGAUCAAGGACCGCCGCACCACCAUCACCACCCGCCACACCACCCGCGCCCCCAGCCCCCGCCCCCAAACCCGCCGUCAACAAAUCAGCACCCCGCCCCCCUCCAGCACCCAAGCCCGCACCAAAAGAAAUCAACUACUCUCUCCCCGCUGUUGGCGACCAAACAUAUGGUCACAUGAUGCUAGGCAACCGUCGUGCCCCCAUGCACCCCUCGCAAGAGAUCCCCGGAACGCCAACAACCUCAGGCAUCCCCAUGUCACCCACGAGCCCGGCACCAUUCGCACGUCUCGGUGGCGCCAUCGCGGCUUCUGAUGUCCCCGUCGUGAGGGAGGUUAGGGGCCAGAUCCCGCCUGUCAUGCCCGUCGCUAUGGACUCGAGGGCAGGAUUCAGGCGGACGAGCGAAACGAGGAGGCCGCCGCCGCCCGUGCCGCAGCGCAAGCCAUCAUCAGGCAUGGAGGGCAUGGAUCCUGUUUUGAAGGCAAAGUUGGAGAAGAGGAGGGCUUGGGAACCAGAAGAGGAGGAGAAGAAGGAUGUCUCGCCGCCGAGGUCUCCUGGGCAAGAGCCUAACGCACGAAGGCUGAGUCCGUCUGAAUUUGAUACUAAACGUAAGACGGGCUGGAAGAAGGACGAGGCGUGA